AAACUCGGCGACGCCCCACAAGUGAUCGACAACCCUAUUGGCGUCGUAUACAAGGCGGUCCUGCCCGAGUCCGCUUUCUUUAAGCCGGCCUAUCCCGAGGGCGGCAACAUCAAGGGCGAAGUCACGGCUGUUGCGAACGACGAUGGGCUUGGUGUGCGGUUCACCAUCAAGCUGAGCAAUCUGCCCAAGAUCGGCGCUCCUCUCCCCUACCACAUCCACGACAAACCCGUGCCCGAGAACGGCAACUGCACGGCGACGGCGGCUCAUCUGGAUCCCUACCUUCGCGGCCAGGAACCGCCGUGCGACGCGUCGGAGCCCGAAACCUGCGAGGUGGGCGACCUGAGCGGCAAGCACGGCGACAUCCCGGCGGACCAAGACACGUGGGAGACGUCGUACCUGGAGCUGUACGCGUCCACGGUCGAGACAAUCUCUCACUUCCUCGGCAACCGCAGUAUCGUCUUCCACUACCCGAACAAGACGCGCAUCACCUGCGCCAACUUUUUCAAGGUCGAGGGCGGCGCCGAGCUGCCUGACAUCAGCAGUGGUACCAGCAAUACAAAGGGCACUGUCACCUCUACU